CGCUGGUAACUUCUGUCAGUAGUGGAGGUAACAGCGUACUGUAACCUAACCUGUUCAGGUGUUUUCGUGUGUGCUUUUCAACGAAUUAACCGGGAUUUCAGCUGAAAAUCUCGGUUAAAACUGAGGAAUUAUCCUCAAAACAUCUUCAACCAACUAAAAACAACAUUUUUCCAACGUGAAUACUGUCAAAUUCUUGUUGUAAACUAAGGUUUACUUGCUAACUGCCCAGGUGCAUCAGUAACUUUGUGUGUGUUGAAACUAAGUAACCGUGGUUUAGGCUGCAAAUCUCCGUUAAAACUGUGAAAUCACUUUCAAAACAUCUGAAAACUACACUUAUUCACAUUAGUUCAAGUGAAAUCUCGUGAAUAUUUGUUGUAAACUUUGGUUUAGAACGUUCAAACCUGGUCAGGUGAACUCGCUUGUGUUUGUGUCUGUGUUUUGAAUUAAUUUACCGGGAUUUUUGUAUAGAAAUCUCGGUUUAAAUUGUGUUUCAAGUUGUUACACAUCUGCUAAUACUACUUGUGAGUGGAAAAGGCUGCAGUAAAACGGAAAAUUUGUAAAUUUUUGUUGUAAACUUCUCAGCAAGUGUAAUAAGGUUGACAGUUCUAGUAGGUACCGUACUCAACCACGAAGGAUCACUGGCUCUUUGUUUUUCGGGUACAGCCAUUUCGGUGCUCACUUCCUUACAGCAGUUUUCUUUAGAAUCAGUAAACGAAAAAUAAAUAUUUUUGCAGUCUUUGUAUCUAUUCUGAAAACGUUUGUAUAGUUUGUAACAUUUUUUUGAAGUGUGGUGCUACUGUAGUUGGCAAAAAUGAUCUCUGUGGAUAUACGUAGAUUCAACAAUGCUUGGUAUCAUGGAGGAUAUUGCUGUCUUGGAAAGUGAAGGGUGGACCUGCGCGAGAAAAAACAACUCCGACAACUAGCGCUCGUAGUGGCCGAACUCUGAACUAGCACCGGCUCUUGUCAAGUUGUAGCGGCGCUACAAACGUCAGUUGAAGUUUAGCCGUCGUGGCGCGCGGUUCUAAACUGUUGUUGUGUGGGAGGUGAUGCUCCUAUCGUCUACAAUAACACGAGCCACCCACCCGGUGUAAAAGUUUUAUUAAUUAGCCUUUUUUACCACAAAAAGGAACUCAAUUUCUAGUUUAUCACCGUACAGAAUCGUGCUUUUUCUGGUGUCAACUGAGAUUUGCCAUAGUAGAGCACUUGUGUGUUUUGGAACCUGAAGUCAAUUUUUUUUGUUGGAUACUGAAGUCAAAUUUGAAGUUCAACAGCAGGCAUUCUGUUGGAAACUAGACAAAAUACAAGCUUAACAUUAUUGACAACUUGGGGAAAAUCAAGUGAAAUGUAUAUAGUUCAUUCAAUUUGCUGCCCAUUUGUUUAAAAUUUAAAAAUUCUACCUGAAAUUCAAGGGGCCACAAGUUAAAUUGAAACUACACAGGAUAAAACUGUCUUUUCUUUAAAAGAUUUAGUUUCAAGUAAAAUCUGAACGGUUUUGUGGUUGUAUUCAAACUCAAAAUUCAACAAAAAAUUACGAUUUCCAUAUUUUUUGACCCUGAUUUUGUUGAAAUCUGAUCAAUUUACCUAGAGUUUGAAAUUCACAAUCUCUAGACACGAUAACUACAUUACAAGCAAGUGAAAAUGUUGUCAACUAUCUUCAAUUUGCAAUUGUUGGCGUGAUUUCAUCGUGUUUUCGUGAGUUUUUGGAGCGAUUUUCGUCGAAAAUGGAAGUGUACGGCAAAGAGGAUCUCAAAGAACGUGCUAUCAAAAGUUUAAAGCAGAGUUUGGCGCGACUAUGGAGAAGGAGAUCGGUGACUAUCACAGAAUACGACCCCUGCUAUAAGGUGGCCUACCUUGGCAACGUUAUCACUGGCUGGGCUAAAGGAGAUGGAUGUGUGGAGAAGCCGCUCUGCACGCUGUGGAAGAACUACAACUCCAGCUCCAAACCAGACGUGCAGAUGAAGCUGACCGUCACUCAGUCGGGACUGAAGGCGGUCACCAAGCAGCACGGCCUCACAGAGUACUGGAGCCACAGAGUGACCUACUGUGCGGCGCCAGCCGCCUUCCCCAAGGUCUUCUGCUGGGUGUACAGGCACGAGGGCCGCAAACUCAAACAGGAACUCAGGUGCCACGCGGUGCUCUGCCGGAAGGAGUCAACCGCACAACGGAUGGCAGACGAACUCAGCAUCAGGCUGGUCCAGGCGCUGUCCGAAUUCAAACGCGACAAACUCAGCCGCCAGAACGCAAGGUUGUCACUAGCAAACGCAGUCUACGACAACCCUUCACUACCUAGGAGGAAGAUCCUGUUGUCCACAGGAUCCCACAACUAUCGCCCGCCCUUGGAGAGAUCGAAAUCAGCUCCCAAACUGAUGUCGAUCGAGGAGAGUUUGGAAGAAUAUGAAGAAGCCGAGUUGAGGAAAUCGUUCAGACGACCACGGUUCAACUCAUCGUUUGCUAGGGUUGAAGACUUCCAGCAGAAACCCUCCUCAAAACCCUCAGAACUGUUCAGGAGGUCUAUCAGGAAAUGUGCUAAACUCGCCCCCAAAAUAGAUAGCAGUAGUUUGUUGAAGGAUACUGUUGAGGAGAGGGCUGAUUUAUUGGCGCAGAGUCUGGGCAACAAAAAUGAUGACAACAACAAUGAUGAACUGCAGGAGAACAAGGUUGUUGAGGAUCCUUCCGGUGAAGAUGACGUCAAUGACGAGGAGAGGCGGAAAUGGGUGCCUGGUGAUCUGAAUUUCGACGAGGAUGACGACAUGACCACUGACACUGAGACUGAUGACGUUGCUUCGAGAGUUGGCAGCAGCACGAGUGAGGAAGAGUGUGCUCUUGACGACCUCUCCCUACAUCUGGUGGGAAGUGGAAGUUAUCGUGACAUCAAGGAGGAAGAAGAUGAUGACAUCCUACCAACCGGCUACAGGGAAGCCACCACUGAACGACUGGACAGUGUCGGCGAAGAAGAAGAUGAUGAUGACGAUGAUGACAAUAAUUGUCUGCAAGUACCUGGAUACAGUGAUGACUAUGGCAGUAGGAGUAGUGUUGUGAAUGUGGACAGUGAAAAGGUGGAUGAUGAAGCUUUACCAAAUAGUUAUAAUACUAAUAGUCUUGUACGUGAUAGGAAGAAAAUGUUUGAGCGCCUCCAACAACGUUCAGCAUCUGUUGGGAACAUUGAAGAUGUGGCCUCUCUAGGUCAUCUAGUACAAAACAAUCAAGUCAAACAACCAUACCGCAGCGCUCUAGUACAGAACCGCAGGAAAAUGUUCGAGACUCCCUUCCAGGAGUGCGUGGUGAGUUUCCCCGACAAAUCCUAUCUAGAACUCGAGGAAGACUCAACCCCCAGUCUCCAGAGUAUAUCCAGUGGAUCAGACACGUCUUCCAAGGCAGAUCUGGGUCUUCGGAACCCCAAACCACACUAUGAUUUGGAUUCACUUUCGGAGGAAGACAGUGACGAGAGUGGAUAUGUGGAGUCUGUACCUGUGGAGGGAUCUGACGAUAAGGAAAGAGAUCUUCCCCAUCAUCAGCUCAUGAAGGCCUGCGUUCUCACCCCCAAAACUGCUUGCCUCCAAGUAUGACCAAAGAAUUCCUCUUCCAACAACUAACUGGAAGAAACUCAACUCCAAAACAGUACCAAUAAUCCCUGAAACAUCACAUAAUAAUAUCAGAUAAUCAAACCAUAACUAAGUUACAUAUAAUGUGGUGGAACUGUAGAAUUAUUUAUAGACCAGUAUAUCAACCAAUGAGCCUUCAUGUAUCUGUGGUGGAAUAGGAUAGUAUUUUCUCUACAAUAAAUCUACCUAGAUAGUUUAGAAAUAACUUGAUAUCGAAUGAAAUUAUGAGAUAUAUCUGUUUUCUACUCUAUUAUUAAGUUAUGAAAAUGUUGAACAUUGAAUCAAAUUUUUAUGAUGUUGGACUCAGCUACAGUAGGCUAGUUAUCUUGAAGAUGCAUUAUAAACAAAAUUAUAUUUCUUGAAUAUCAGAUUUUAUUCUUAUUCAUCUAGAAAUCAGUUGAGAUGUAUUGCAAAUACGGUACUUUUCAAAGAAUAAUAAAUUUAGUACAACAAAUAAGUUUUGGAGAAUGAAUUAUGAAUAAUAAUAAUUUAAAAAGUGAGAGUAACAAGAGAGGAGAAGAUGAUUAUGUGAAACAUAUUUUUGUAAGAAGAAUCUCAGAAAAUCUCAGCAAUUGACCAAUGUAAAUUAAUCGAAGACUCUAAUGGGAGAAACUGGAAGAAUCUUAAUUGAAAUUAGUUGAAUUUUAAAGCAGGACUAAUAUUGAUUUUAUACUUAUCGUUCAUAAAUAAUUAAAAAUUUAGUCAACCGUAUUUGAGAUAAAAAUAAAUACAGUAGACUUAUUACAAUAAGUACCACUUGUGUUGAGAAGUUGAAAAGGUGAAAAUAAAGGUUACAUUUGAUAUUAUUGAAUCAAUCACUGACUUUUUGUGAAAAUGAAUUGAGGUUUCUCAUGAUAUAAAAGUACAAAUAGUAUAUAUAAUAAAUGUAGUUGAUUUUAAUAAUUGCGGUCCAAUCAAGAUGUGAUUGAAGAUCAUUCUUGAUUGAUGUACGUUAAUCAAUGUAUGAUCAGUGAUCGAACUUGAUCGACCAAUAAGGAACUGGCUUUCAGGAGUAAUACCUGGAUCUUCCUCUUCAUUGAGAUGUAACUCAAACUUCCAUCCCACGUAAACUUUCAAUCAUUUUCCUUAAUCCUUUGGUACAGUAAAUAAAACCAAAUUUGAUUGAAAACAUAUUUAAAUCAUCUUCUAUUAGAUUAGAGAUUUCUAUUUAAUUUAUCUUCUAUUAAUAAUUGCAGAUUUGCAGGCAACAGCUUUUUGAAAUUGAAUUAAUUCGAAUUAUCUAUAGCGAAAUUGAAUCUCAAGAGUACAAGAAAGCCAUCUAUGAGAAGUGUACUAUGGCUAAGACUGAGGUUUCUACUGAAGCAAUACUAUUUUUCAGAAUUUCAUUUGUAUAGUUUGAGGUAUGAAUAUUUUUUAUUCUUCGAGAUAAGUAUACAUUUCAUUGCUGUUUCCUUCGUAGAUUUAAGUGUAAUUUCACUCAUUAUUAUUAGAAAUGUAUUUCUAUUACUGUCAAGCAUUAGAAGAUAAUUGAAGAGUUUGGAAUUGGUUGGAGAUGUACUAGCUUUAAUAAAUUUGAUCGAAUUUGUAAUAUUCUGAUCGAGUGAUAGAUUAAAUCGAUUAAUAGAUUUGAUUGGUUUUUUUAAUAAGUUGAUAAAUUUGUAAGUUGAGUAUUGGAUGUUAGUAGCUUUAUUCCGUUGCAAAUCAACUGUUUUCCAAUGAAAAAUUCCAUACAUUUCUCUUAUUAUUAAUUCAUAUUCUAUUACAAUUCUCAUUCUAAUCUGAUCUGAAUAAUAUUCACCUUGCUCUUAUAGUAUCAAAUUAAGAUCUGUUUAUUUAUAAUUUUACUACAAAAUUAAAUUUCCCAAAACGUUUCUUACACUAGUUACCUGUUCGUAAAUUAGUAUUAUUUUGUGUAAAAAUUGACGUGUAAAUUUUGUAUCUAUCCUGUAUAUUGUGUUACUAAUGCAAAAUGUAUUUUAUUAAUGUUCUCGAUAGUUGUGUAAAUGUAGUUACUGAAACAAAACUACAAUGUAACGUGUAAAUCUGAAAACUAGAUUAUGGUAACUAGUUCUAAUGAAGCUCUUUAAAAUGCAGCUUGAAGUGUAUUCAACUUGAAUCAUUAUGAAUAAUGUUUGAAUGCAUUCGAAUUAAUUAUGUAUUUGUAAAGUGAAUAAAUUGAAAUGAACUGUU